UACUAACUAAAUGUUUUUUUCACCAUGCCGACACAAGCUCGCUGUGACCGCGUCCCACCCACAGAUGGCGCGUGGGGAGCUCUGGACCUACGGGUCUUACAGGAAGAUGACUUACCAUUAGAUCCUCGUGAAUGGUGUAGGGCUCAAGUAGGGACUUGGGUUUCGCGUCGAGGUGGUCUACCGGAGCGAUUCCCCAUGAAUGGGAAGGCCCUGUGUCUCAUGUCUAAGGAUAUGUUUGCGGCUAGGGUUCCUAGACUGGGACACGCUUUGUAUCAGGAUUUCAGAAGGCGACUCUCCAAAGCUUUAACCCUUCAAGAAUUAAUUGAAAAAUUAUCAUCAAAGUAA